AUGGAUGUGAUCGGCACAAUUGACCCUCCUGCUUCAAAUGGACAUCGAUUUAUAUUGGUGGCAAUUGAGUACUUUACCAAGUGGGUCGAAGCAGAAUCAUUCAAGCACGUGACAAAGAAGGUGGUGGCAAAUUUCUUAAGAAAUCAUAUCAUAUGCCGAUUUCGGGUGCCAGAAACAUUGAUUACAGACAAUGCUAAGAAUCUCAACAAUGACAGGGUGGACGGGCUAUGCGAACAGUUCAAAAUCAGACAUCGCAACUCUGCCAUCUAUAGACCGCAGAUGAAUGGAGCCGUGGAGGCCACAAACAAGAAUUUGAAGAAGAUCAUUCGCAAGAUGACUGAAAAGCAUCGUGACUGGCAUGAAAAGCUUCCUCAUGCACUAAUGGCAUACCGGACUUCUAUUCGAACUUCAACUGGAGCAACCCCCUACUCGCUCAUGUAUGGAAUGGAAGCUGUGCUACCUGCCGAGGUCGAAAUCCCUUCAUUGCGUAUUCUAAUGGAAACUAAGUUGGAAGAGGCUGAUUGGUUAAAGCAACGUUAUGAACAACUGUCCUUGAUUGAUGAAAAAUGA